AUGGUCCCUUCAUCCGAAUCUCUUGCAACAAAGGAUUAUUCAGCCAGUGUUUAUUCAUCCCGACAUGAAGAAGCUGAAAAAAAGCCUGAUACUGGCAACAUUGAAGAAGCCGAAACAUCGUUACGUGAAAGUGGUUGCUUGAAUUAUGAGGAAGCCAGGGCAUUGUUAGGAAGAUAUGAGUACCAAAAAGGGAACAUAGAAGCAGCCUUACAUGUGUUCGAGGGAAUUGAUAUAGCUGGCGUGACUCCAAAUAUGAAAGUCACGCUUUCUAGAAUAGGAGAAACUCGUAAGAGGCACUCUCAUAAUUACGCAACGCCUCCAAUGUCGGUACAUGCUGUGAGUCUGCUGUUUGAAGCAAUCUAUUUAAAAGCAAAAUCAUUACAAGCGCUUGGGAGGUAUAAAGAAGCUGCUCAAUCAUGCUCAGUUAUUCUGGAUAUUGUUGAAUCUUCACUACCAGCAGGCAUGCCUGAAAAUUUUGCUGCUGACAAUAAAUUGCAGGAGACUUUAAAUAAAGCAGUUGAGUUGCUUCCAGAACUGUGGAAGUUAUCUGAUUCCCUUCGUGAGGCAAUCUUGUCUUACCGGCGGGCCCUUCUCCAUCCAUGGAACCUGGAUGCACAUACUACGGCUAAAAUCCAAAAAGAGUUUGCUGUUUUUCUUUUAUACAGUGGUGCUGAAAUUUUUCCUCCCGACUUGCGAUCACAGAUGGACAGCGCAUUUGUGCCUAAAAAUAGUAUUGAGGAAGCGAUCCUUCUUCUGAUAAUUCUUUUAAGAAAAGUCACUCUCAAGAGGAUUGAGUGGGACCCCUCUAUUUUAGACCAUCUUUCCUAUGCGUUAUCAAUGUCCAAUGGACUAGGUGCUUUAGCUAAUCAAGUUGAUGAGCUUCUUCCAGGAGUUGUAGAUUGGAAAGAAAGGUAUCAUAUUUUAGCUCUAUGUUACUAUGGAGAAGGUUGCAACCUUGAAGCUUUGGAAUUAUGGAGAAAAUUGUUAAAAAAUAAAAAGGACUCGUUGUAUAUACUGGCUUUAUUAUUUGCUUCGAAGUCAUGCGCUGGGGAUUCACAAUAUUUUCAAGAAGGGAUUAUUUAUUCACAAAGAGCAAUUGAAAAUUCGCAAGGGACAUGUGAUUUGUUGAUGAGUAGUGCACAUUGCAUGUUAGGCAUCUCACUAUCGGCUAAUAGUAAGUCUGCUGUGACUGAUAGUGAGAGGAGUGAAAAACAAGCCAAGGCACUCAAGUCGCUUGAAAUUGCCAGUACAAUGACCAAAAUGGGUAAUCCCCUUGUUGUUUAUCAUUUGUGUUUAGAAAAUGCCGAGCAGAGAAAACUGGAUGCGGCACUUCAGUUUGCAAAAAGCUUGGUCGUAUUGGAAGGCGGGUCCAAUAUCAAGGGAUGGAUCUUGUUAGCUCGAAUUUUAUCUGCCAAGAAGUGCUUUCCUGAAGCUGAAAGUAUUGUAAAUGUUGGUUUGGAUCAGACAGGAAUGUGGGAUCGGGGAGAACUGUUGAGGACUAAAGCUAAGCUCCAAAUUUCUCAGGGGCUUCUAAAGGAGGCCAUUGAGACUUAUUCACAACUUUUUGCUGUCAUUCAGGUUCAGCGGAAAAGCUUUGGUUCGGGAAAGAAGGUUAAGGAGAACCUGAACUACAUUAGUAAUUUGGAGCUGGAAACUUGGCAUGAUCUGGCUUCCAUCUACAUCAAAUUGUCUCGAUGGCAUGAUGCUGAGCUUUGUGUUUCCAAAUCUGCCGCCAUUGGUGCUCUUUCUGCUCUUAGAUGGCAUGCUGCUGGUUUGCUUCAAGAAUCCAGGGACAACCUUAAAGAAGCACUAAAAGCUUAUACCCUUGCACUGGAAGUCGAUCCAACACAUGUCCCGAGUCUCGUCUCUAAGGCUAUAGUUCUGAGACAGAUGAGUUCACAAUCAUCCCCGGUAGUCAGAAGCUUCCUAACAGAAGCUUUACGGCUCGACAGAAUGAAUGCUGCUGCUUGGUAUAAUCUCGGUUUACUGUACAAGGAAGAAGGUAGUCUGGUAAAAGCUGCCGAGUGUUUUCAAGCGGCUACUUCUCUGCAAGAAACCGAACCCAUAGAGCCCUUCAGAUGA